AGGAGAAGAUAUGGGUAGAUGCAGCUUAUGAGUUUGCUCAGAGAGGGUAUCUCAGGAUUCUAAGCUCACCCGACAAUGGUUUCUGUAGAAUAAUUGGAUAUUGUUUUUGCAGAGCCAAGACUUUGGCUUCGUCAAGAAAACGGUUUUCGACUAUGGCCGCAUUUCCACGGACGCUUUCUUCCAUUGCAGUUGUAGGGGGGGUAUUAGCUUUGUUCUUGAUUUUUGCUUCAUGGGGUCUGAUUUCGUAUCCUAUAGGUUCCACUGUUCAAGGGUAUCUACUUGGGAUUGACCAUUCAAAGAAAUCUUUACUGCCUGAAGCUUCACAAGAUGCUAUUCGUGGUUUCGUUGAUCAGAAACCCUCUUCUGUUGGUGAUGAUGUAGUAAACAAGAGUUUGAUCCUAAAGGUUCCAAAUUUACCUUCUGAUUCAAAACGAGGAGCUGGGUCUGUCAGUUCUGGUGAUCCCAAUUCUCCGAAAGCCAAGAAGAUUGAUCAGAAAGCAGCAUCAGUUCCCUCAUUGGCCUCCGAUUCGAUCCAAGAAUCCAACAAGCCCAUUAGUAUUUCGGAGUCUCCGAAGGUUUUGGAAGCUGAGAUUACUCAACCACCAUUUUCAGGUUUGUCCAACACCUCAAAGGUUGGUGAUCAAGAGGCCAACGGUAGUACCUUGAGGCUGGAUGGUAAACCGGAUUCUUCUUCAAAUUCAACGUUGGUGACUUCGCCUUCUACAUCUCCUCUGGCCGGAAAGUCUAGCAAAAUUGAUUCAGUUUAUUCAGAGACCUGUGACCUGUACGAUGGCAAAUGGUUAUACGAUUCAGCUGGGGCAUUAUACACAAACAACACAUGCCGUGUACUAACACAGAUGCAGAACUGUCAAGGCAAUGGAAGGCCCGACAAAGACUAUGAGAACUGGCGAUGGAAACCAUCUCAGUGUGACCUCCCCCGGUUCAAUGCAACAAAAUUCCUUGAGUUAAUGAGAGGGAAGACAUUAGCAUUUAUUGGUGAUUCAGUCACCCGGAACCAAAUGGAGUCUAUGUUGUGCAUUCUUUGGCAGGUGGAAGUUCCUAAAAACCGUGGAAACAAAAGAAUGCAACGUUGGUACUUCAGAUCGACCUCUGUGAUGAUUGUUAGAAUAUGGUCAUCGUGGCUCAUCCAUAAGACACCAGAGGCAUUUGACUUUGCUCCAGAGGGAGUGGUUAAGCUCCACCUCGAUAAAACUGACGAGGACUUCAUGGAAUACCUUCCGACCUUUGAUGUGGUGGUUCUUUCUUCUGGUCAUUGGUUUGCCAAGCAAUCGGUAUAUAUCUUCAACAAUGAGAUUGUUGGCGGACAGCUUUGGUGGCCUGAUAAUUCUCGUCCAAGGAAGAUUAACAACGUUGAAGCUUUUGGGAUCUCUGUUGAGACAAUUCUUACUGCAAUUGUUACCCACCCUAAUUACACAGGCCUGACCAUUGUCCGAUCCUACUCACCUGAUCAUUAUGAAGGUGGUGCCUGGAACACAGGUGGGUCAUGCACAGGGAAGGUUAAGCCUGCCUUGGACAGCGAACUCGUUCCCAAUGGGUUUACAGAUGCAAUGCAUCAGAAGCAAGAGAUGGGUUUCGAUCAUGCGAUCAAGAAGCAAGCGAACAAAUCAAAGUUGAGACUAAUGGACAUAACGAAAGCAUUUAGCUAUCGUCAUGAUGGCCAUCCAGGUCCAUAUAGGAAUUCUGACCCUAAUAAGAUCACAAAGCGCGGCCCUAAUGGACAGCCUCCGCCACAGGAUUGCUUGCAUUGGUGCAUGCCAGGCCCAGUUGAUACAUGGAAUGAGCUUGUGCUUGAAAUCAUAAGAAGAGAAUUCCAGGCAAUUGACAAGGCCCCAGUAUGACCAUAUGGCAGUUCAGUCCAUUGGGUUUAGUCUAUUGUUUGUAUAAGUUGUAAUUUUAUACAUGUGAAAUGGUAAUUCUUUGGCAAAGAUCAACAGAUAUUUAUUAGAGGAAGACUAGCCGACUCCUCUUCAACUAAUCUACGUAGAUUUUGUAGGCUAAGGGAAAAAUCUGAUCCCAGUGAAAAUUGGCAGCUAGGUUGUGCUCUAUCAUUUAAAAGUGUAAAUUUUAAUUUAUCAAAGCUGAAUGAGAGUUCAUUCUGAAAGGCAAAUUGGAGAUGCUCUGUAUUUUUUCAUCCCUCAAA